AUGUCUGAAGAGACCGAAUACCAGCUUGCGCUGCCCCUCCUUCGUUUCUGUGGUGGCCUGAGAUUACCCCGCCAAAGCGUGUCGCCGCUGGAAGCUUGUUGCGGUGCUGCCCGCGACAGGACCAAAAGCGCGCACACGACCGGCUACAAUUAUCUCCCACGUCUUGUACAAUCGCUGACAUGGCCUCCAGAUUACACCCUGAACAACCCCGAUACUCUGACCAAGUACAAGACGGCUGGUCAGAUCUCCGAAAAGGUCCUUGCCCAGGUUGCCGAGCUCUGUGUCCCGGGCGCAAAGAUUGUCGAAAUUUGCCAAAAGGGCGACAAGCUCCUCGAAGACGAGGUGGCCAAGGUGUACCGCGGAAAGAAGAUCACCAAGGGCUUCUCUAACCCCACCACCAUCUCUCCCGCUUCCUAUGUCACCCCCUACACUCCCCUAACUUCGGACGAGACCGAGGCUGCUACCGAGAUCAAGCCUGGCGAGCCCAUCAAGAUCCAGCUCGGUGCUCAGAUUGAUGGCUUCGGUACCAUUGUCUGCGACACCGUCAUCGCCAGCAAGGAUAAGGAAACCAUCACCGGACGUUCCGCCGACCUGCUCCUCGCCAACUACUAUGCUAACGAGCUUCUCCUCCGCUUGAUGGUCCCUUCUGGUCUCCUAGCACAGGGUACCGACGAGGAAAAGGCCAAGGCUAGCGCCAAGAAGGCUCCUUCCCAAAGCCAGAUCACCUCUCUGCUCGAGAAGGUCUGCGAGACUUAUGAGUGCCACCUUGUCGAGAGCACCACCUCGUGGCUGUUUGACCGUAAUGAGAUUGAGGGUACCAAGAAGAUCGUCCUGGCUCCCACCGAGGGCGCCAAGGGCGAGGGCGUUCCCGCGGUUGGUGAGGUCUGGGGUGUCGAGAUGGGUGUCAGUCUGGGCUCGGGCAAGUGCAAGACUCUCGAGGGCCGCACCACCCUCCACCGCCGUACCACCAACACCUACGGCCUGAAGCGUCCCACCUCGCGCAAGAUCCUUUCCGAGGUGCAGAAGAAAUUUGGCACCUUCCCGUUCAGCCUGAGGCAGCUCGAUGACGAGCGUGAUGCCAAGUCUGGUGUCGUCGAGUGCGUUCGCGGCAACGUCUUCCGCCAGUACGAGAUUGUCGGUGACAAGGAUGGCUCCCCCGUGGCCAGACUGUUGACCACCGUCGCCAUUACCAAGAACGGCCUCACCAAGCUUGGCGGCCCUCCUGCGCUGGACCUCACCAAGGUGCAGUCUGACAAGAAGAUUAGCGACACUGAGAUUCUCAAGAUCCUCGAGCAGCCGCUGGCCCGCAACACGGGCAAGAAGAAGAGCAAGAGCAAGAAGAAGCAGCCUGCUAAGAAGGCAGAGUCUGAUGAUGAGGAGUCUGACAGCGAGUAA